GCACAUUCCAACAGUUUUUCGAACACAAGAUAGCAUUUUUGAAAUAUCUCACUUUCAACCAGGAAACUUAGACUGGAAUAGUAACGCAUCGUUCAGAAUUGCAAAUAUGCAUAUCAAUAUCUUGGUGAUGGCGGCUAGUUUUUGCACUAUGGUGCUUGCACAUUAUCCAUCGGAUGAUAAUCAAGAUGGCUUCACCGAUUACUCAUUGGAUCAGAACCAGGCUGGUGUACCGGACGUCUCAUUGGACACAAGUCAGGCAGCUAUAGUCUCUGGCAUAGUCUCCAGUCUCUCUGCUCUCUCCACUGCGCUCGGCAUCCCUUCAUCCCUUGCCUCUGAACUUUCCAACAUUCCCACCUCGGCCUCAGCCCUUGGGUACUCUCCACAGGGUAUUUCCCAACUAGACGAACAAAUUUCCAGUACCAACAUGCCGGACUGGUAUACCUCACUAUCUCCUGACGCAAAAUCCUAUGUCGAUAAUGCUGUAAGCAUACUAGAUACUGUAUAUAGUCUCAAGAGCAUUUUAACCACUGCCACUGCUUGGCAAACUACUCCUGUCGGAGUAUUAGGCGGUACGACGGCAACACCGCUUGGUACUUGGGAGUCAACAUGGGCGAGUAGUACUGAGUUUGAUGAUUGGAAGUCUUCAUGGACGAGCAGUACCGGAGUUGGCAGUUGGGACUCCACAUGGGCGAGCAGUACCGGGGUUGAUAACUGGGAAUCAACAUCGCCAACUAGUACAAGUUUUAAGGCUGAGGAGUCAGUGUUUGGAAGUAGUACUGGCACCUGGAAUAGCACGGCGGCGCAGACGACAGGACCAAUCGAGGUGACCACCUCAAACGCGACCCCGGUUAUGUGCAGUUUGAGUCUGGGAUUGGCAUUAGCGGUGUUUGUGUGUUUGGUUUGCGCUAUGUAAAGGAAAAGGAGUAAGAAGUUUGGUAUGAGUACACAUGUCAUGAGGAGAGGGUUACUUUCCCGUUCGUUUCUUGUUCUGUUAUUGGUUGUGAGGUCAGCAGUAAUGAAUGGAUGAGGAUAUAAUAGUGCGAAACGAGCAAUUUUUAUCUCUUUUGUUUUGUUCGCGCGUAUCAAGUAGCAUUGUUUAGUUUAAUAUUGGUGCAGCAUAAUUAGGAGUCAGUGACCGACUUUCCUUAACAAUAAAUGUAAUGCUCAACACGAAGAUACUCGUCAGCGGAAUGAAUACCGAAUACUCCUAUCGUCUCUCUCAAACCCAUAUGCAAGUAUCAUGCGACACGUGAUAUUGAUUCGUAGCCAUGUUUUCUUGAGAUUCCACACUCCUCCAACAUGUCUCGCAAAACUUUUGAGCCUCCAAUACAAAAGGAAGGAGUACCGAUAUAGACUCACUGUUCGCGUCACAGAAUACUGAAGAACCUUUCGAAUAAUCUCAGUUCUCAGUUGAAGAUGGUAGCAUACUAUGGAGUCAAUGAAAUCGUAUCUGUAGAAGAGUUAUAUCUCGAGGGAAUAUUCUUCCAGGCUGGGUCUGCAAGUUGUUGCCUCAAACUCCUGUCUUUCUUGAAGCUCGUAAAAAUACUGGUGUGACUUAGCUUCUGAUAAUCUAAUUGAUUUUCGGCCA